CGAUCGCUUUCCGUACUACAAGUCGAACGAUGAUCGCUGGAAGAACUCGGUGCGGCACAAUCUCUCGAUCAAUCCGCACUUUCGCAAGGGCGUGAAGGCGCCGCAGGGCGCUGGCCAUCUGUGGGCCAUAUCCAGCGGCGACUCGGCGGAGAAUGUGUUGGCCUGGGAGCAUAAAAAGCAACGCUUGGAUCUGUUCUUCAAGAUGGAGUCGAUCAAUCGCGAGCGCAUCCAACAGCAUCAGCAGCAGAUGCAGCAGCAGCAACAGCAACAGCAGCAGCAACAGCAACAACAGCAACAGCAAUUGCAGCAGCAGCAACAGUUGCAGCAACAUCAUUCGCACUCGCCGCAGCAGCAAUCGGCUAAUUGCAUCUACGAUGAGGCAGCUGUUGCUGCCGCUACUCUCACCCACGAAAUGCUGCAGCAGACGCAGAGCGAAGCGUCGCCCACAUCGCAUUCGCACUCGCAUUCGCAUUCACAUUCGCAGCGCCUGUUGCCGUUCAGCGAUCUGCUGAGCGACGAUGAGCUGCGCAAGACGGCAGGACAGAUCCUCAAUGGGAUCCACCGCGAGGUGGAGGUGCAGUCGGUCAACUCCAUCAUCAGCACCUACCAGGAUGUGCUGCUCGACAAUGACUAUCUCAAUCCCAUACACAAAGACGUCGUCGUCACGGAGAGUGGACUGCGCCAGCAUCAGCAUCAGCAACAUCACCAACAGCAGCAACACCAACAGCAUCAACAGCAUCAACAGCAGCAGCAGCAGCAACAGCAGAGCGGGAGCAGCAGCAACCUGCUUGCAGGCAGCCUCGCCCAAUCGCAGUACUACAUCACAGAGAUCGAUCCCAUGGAGCUGGGCAUACAGAUGUCCCACCAGGUAGAGCCGUCCGAGGAGGAGGUGCUAUUCAGCGACGACUUCAAUCUCAAUUACUUUGGCUACAAUCCGGGCAGCGACAUCGUCGCUUGACCGCGCAAGCAACAGUUGCUCGCACAGCAGCAGCAGCAGCAGCAGCAGCAAUCAGAGCAAUCGAAAUACUCAUAAGCCAAUACUCAACCAAUACUAGUCACAGCUAACCUAAUCCUAUCCAAAACUAACCACCUAAGCCAGCAAAUACGAAAGAUAGUCCCCUCAAGUCCCCACAAGUCUCCAUUAUCCAAAUAAAUCCCAUGUAUAGUUCUAGUCUUCAAUUGUACCAAUCCAAAAACAAAA